AUGGUGACGCAGCAAUCAGCAACGCCCUCGGCGUCUUACAAGCCAGUCCCCAGCAUAGACAACCCCGCGCAUCUGAGCAGAGGCUAUGGCAACGAUUCCUCCCACUUGGACGUUGGGGUGAACGACUUUGCAAGCCCGGGCGCUGCAUAUGGACAGCACGAACGCCUGGGAAGGUUCGAGGAGGAUUUUGAUGCGCGCACACGAGGCCCCUCUAUCCUCGACGGUGAGACGCCGAGGCGGUCCACUUCCAGGGCUUCCCGGGCCUCGACGCUCCACCAGCCGGCGCAUAGCCAGACCACGGCGCCAAUGCGCAGCGGCACGCUCAAGAAGAAAUCAUCGGUCAAGAGGAGCGGGAGCCUGAAGCGCAGCAGUAGCAGAAAGAGCCUGCGCGCCGGCAGCAUUCAUGGGGCUGCCUUUGACGGCCAAGAACAUGGCCAUCAUAAGGAGGACAGCGUCUUCUACACGCCAGUGCCGACCAAGGGCACUCCCACUGAGAUGCUUGCCGAGCGCUUCCAGACGUGGCGCAAGUUCCUCAAGGACCUCAUUGCCUACUUCCGCGAGGUCUCGUCUUCGUACGAGCACCGCGCCAAAUCGCUGCUCAAGGUGUCCAACGUGGUCAACAACACCAACAUGCCUUCUGCCUUUGCGACCGAGGGAGGCCUCAACGACGCCAAUCGCAUCCUCCGCGACUUCCACAAGCAGGCAAUCCUCGAGGCCAACAAGGCUAGGGAUAUCGAGACAGAUGUCAUCAACCAACUCAAUGGCCUCCGAGCAGACCUUGCGCAAAAGAUCAAGGAAAUCAAGGCCCUUUCUGGCGACUUCAAGAACAAUGUCGAGAAGGAGAAGGAUACGACAAGGAAGUAUGUGGCAGCCCUCGAGGAAGCAUUGGCUGUCGCCGAUACGGAUCCCUCCGCCAUCGCAGGCAAGGGUGAUCCUUAUGUGGUACGCCUGGGAGUUGAGCGCCAGGUCGAGCGGCAGAUCGACGAAGAGAACUAUCUCCACAGGGCCUACAUUAAUCUGGAGAACUCAGGGCGAGAAUUGGAGUCCAUUGUUGUCGGUGAGGUCCAAAAGGCGUACAACGCUCUUGCAAGCAUCAUGAAGCGUGACGCGGACGAGAUGUACUCAACCAUCGAAAAGCUGCGUACUGGCCCAAUUGCAAUGCCAAGGGAUCAUGAAUGGAACCGUUUCGUGCGAAGCGAUUCUCACUUCGUCAAUCCCGACAUACCCCUGCGCAGACUUGAAGAUAUUGAGUAUCCUGGCAAGCAUCAUCCAGCCACUACCGAGGUUCGGGCUGGUAUGUUAGAGAGGAAGAGCAAGUACCUUAAGAGCUACACACCUGGCUGGUAUGUCUUGUCGCCGACUCACAUCCACGAGUUCAAGUCGGCCGAUCGCAUAUAUACGCAACCUCCUGUCAUGUCUCUGUAUCUCCCAGACCAGAAGCUUGGCUCGCGUUCCCAACCUGGAAGCUCGUCUCACAAGUUCGUCAUCAAAGGCCGCCAAGCUGGAUCGAUGCACCGUGGCCACACUUGGGUAUUCCGGGCCGAGACCUUUGAGACCAUGUCAGCCUGGUAUGAUGACAUCAAAUUCCUGACAGAGAAGAGCGGCGAAGAACGUAACGCUUUUGUGCGCCGGCAUGCUAGUGUUAGGAGCGCCAGUGUUGGCAGCGCUCGCUCCGCAAGCUCUGAUGGAGGCCUAGAGGAAGAUGAGGCAGACGCCGUGCCAUAUUCUGCCAAUCAAUCCAUGGUGAGCGAAGCCGUGAAAGAGCAACCAGCCCAGCGACCAAGUCCAGGUGGGAGAUUUCCAAGCGAUCUGAACGUCAAUCGUAACUUACAAGGGCUUCGUUCGCAUUCUAGUGCCAGCUCCGAGGUCGGUCAGGAUUUAACGACCACAUCUGGAGGUGCGCGGGGCGUGCACCCCACGUAUCUUGACGAUACUACGUCUUACCAAGCUGACGAAACCGUUCAUCCCGCCUUUCGUGCCCAACAGUCGCAGGACUACAAUCCGUCGUCGUCGUACGCAGACCCGCACCCACAUACACAACAGUCCUACGACAACCAGGCUUCCUAUGCCGACCCAUACGCAUCCGCUCCACCAACCUAUGAGAACCAGCCUUCUUACACCGGACGGUCUCCUAUAGAACGGCAAAACACCGACUACAGUAAAUGGAUGGGACCAGCCGCCGGUGGAGCGGCAGCAGGGGCGUUGGCUUCCGAAGCCUAUCGUAGAAAGCAACAGAACCAGGAACGUGAAGCUCGGCAACAAGAAGAACUGGACCAAGAGCAGUUCCUUGAUUCACAACAACAACAGUACCCUACUGGACAAGGCCCAGCAAUCGAUUACAGAAACAGUGUUGUUCCAAAUCAGGAGAGGGUUCCAGAGCAAAACGUCCAGAUACCAUACGUACAUCCAGCAACCAUUAUCGCUGCUAGCGGGCCGCUCCAUCAAUCUCAACCCCACGACAACUAUGAUCUCGCGACACCUUCAACGACCAACACUUCUUUUUUAGGCGGAAGUGACUUUGCUUCUGGAGGCUUUUCUGGAAACACAAUCAACGGAGGACCGGUUCCCGUAGAACUGGUCAAUGCUUCUGAGCCGUUUCCAGGCAUGCGGAGACAAGGUACAGAUUUUAGCGUUUCCGAUCUGCAUGUUCCAGGAGAGUUCCCAAGAAUCCCAGGAACGAAGUUGCCAGUGCCUUAG